AUGUCGUUCUUCAUUGACAACCCUAAUGUGGGUAACCACAGCCACUUGGAAGACUCUCGAAUCCGUGGCUACAACCCGCUCACCCCGCCUAACCUCCUCCAACAUGAGAUCGCAUUGACCGACAAGUCGCGGGAAACCGUCCUGAAGGGCCGUGACGAGGCCGUAGCCGUCGUGCACGGCACAGACACCGAGCGCCAGCGACUAAUGGUCGUAAUCGGACCCUGCUCGAUCCACGACCCAGAAAUGGCGCUCGAGUACUGCGAUCGCCUGAUGAAGAUGAAGGAAAAGUACGCGGACGACCUGCUGAUCGUGAUGCGCUCGUACCUCGAGAAGCCCCGCACAACAGUCGGCUGGAAGGGCCUGAUCAACGACCCCGACAUCGACAACAGCUUCAAGAUCAACAAGGGUCUCCGCAUAUCCCGCCAGCUCUUCGUCGACCUGACCAACAAGGGCAUGCCCAUCGCCAGCGAAAUGCUCGACACAAUCUCUCCCCAGUUCCUGGCCGAUUGUUUGUCCGUCGGUGCGGUCGGUGCCCGUACCACCGAAUCCCAGGUCCACCGUGAGCUGUCGUCUGGUCUGUCCUUCCCCGUCGGAUUCAAGAACGGUACCGAUGGCUCGCUUGAUGUUGCAGUUGAUGCCAUUGGCUCUGUCAAGCACCCUCACCAUUUCUUGUCCGUCACCAAGCCCGGUGUCGUCUCCAUUGUCGGCACUGUCGGUAACCCCGACUGCUUCGUCAUCCUGCGCGGAGGCAAGAAGGGCCCUAACUACGAUGCUGCUAGCAUUGCCGAUGCCAAGGCUAAGCUAAUUGCCAAGGGCAUGCGUCCCCGUCUUAUGGUCGACUGCAGCCACGGUAACUCCGAGAAGAACCACAAGAACCAACCUAAGGUUGCUGCUAUCCUUGCUGAGCAGCUUGCCGCUGGCGAGGAUGCUAUUAUGGGUGUCAUGAUUGAGAGUAACAUUAACGAGGGCAACCAGAAGGUCCCCGCAGAGGGCAAGGCCGGUCUCAAGUACGGUGUCAGUAUCACGGAUGCUUGCAUUAACUGGGAGGAUACCGAGUCCGUAUUGGAGGUUUUGGCUCAAGGUGUUCGUGCUCGUCGCGCGAAGACGCACUAA